CACGGGCUGUUUGUGGCUGAGGGGUGUGUUUCUUUAACCGGCACGAUUUACGAAUCCUACUAUGGUGACGACUUGCUUCAUGAAUAUUAAGUAUGUGACAUGACGGUCGCUCUGUACUUCUCAUUGAUUGGCUGAAACGUAGACUCUGAUAAGAGCGCAGUAUUCAACUAGCGAAUUAACGAAUCUACUGUUAUUUUGGCUCAUUAAUAUUAAUUAUGGUUCUUGACUAGACCCUUUAAGGAUUGCGAGGAAGGUCGGCUACACCUAAUUGAUAUUCAUGACCUUGGGCUUUGGCAUGGUAGGAUUUGAACAUUAACUGACAGACAUUAAGCAUUCGGUCGCGACAGCAGCAUCACAUCAAAGACCGGUUCAGAUAUCCGCAGUGUCGAUACCGUCGACGACAGUAUCAUGCUUUAGUAACCGGCUUUUCAGACCUCGACUUAAAGAAUUUAAACGGAUUUUGCAACUCUUUUAUGGAAGACGAGACUGUAGCAAUGCUGCCUCCCAAGAACUGCAUCCCCAGAAACUACAGCUGUAUCGCUGGGCUGUUCGGGAGCUUGGCAGCAUCAGAGCAGAAACUGGAGGACGGAGACGGGGACAUGGAGGGAGAGAACGACACCCACGGAGACUGCGAACAAUUAGAAAUCAGCGUAGUGAAUGAGAAACCAAGGGGAAGAGAGUCGUUCCCGAAGCCCCCGCACAGCCCGACAACGCGCCGCAGGUGUAAAUCUCUCCCCACACCGGCCGAAAGAGCCAAACUAGAGAUCGCACGAAGCCAGAGCCCGAGCAUUCAGAAAAGGGUCCGAUUCGCGGACUCUCUCGGUCUGGAUCUGAUUUCUAUUAAACACUUUGAUGACACGGAAAUGCCUGAAGUACCAGAGCGCGUCAUUGACAAAUUCAAGAAAGCCAGAGCUCUCCACUUGAACAACUUCGACAAGUCGAACACAUCGAGCCAGUCCGUGUUCCUGGAGCUGCUCUUCACAAAUCCAGGAUCUCUGCCACACUUCCUAGACAGAGUGAAAGAGGUGAAGGUUUUGCUGGAGUCGGUUCAUGCGGAUGAAUUCAGCCUGUCGGGGAUCGUUCGGGUCCUCAACUUGGCUUUCGAGAAAAGCGUCUAUUUGAGGUACACCUUAAAUAGCUGGACGACAUGUAUGGAUAUUCUGGCGUCUUACGUCCCUCAUUCAAGUGACGGGCUGACGGACCAAUUUAGCUUCAAAAUCAUCACCCCGAGCUUUCUGGAGUGUGGCGGAACCCUGCAGUUUGCCAUAAAGUACUGUGUCCGAGGGGGUGAAUUUUGGGAUAACAACAAUGGAUACAAUUACAAAGUGAGACGCCACAGGUUUAAAAUCUCUCCUCCGAGGGAAUGGGAAAACGGGUGGAUUCAUUUCAUUUAGUAUGCGCAAAAUUACGAAUUCCACUACGGCGAAGGAGUGGCUCUUGAAUAUUAAUUAGGUGACGUGGUGUCUUCCACCAUAGUAGGAUUCGUAAUUUCGCCAACGAUAUACCCGUACAAUGCGCGCGCAUAUCUAAAAGGACCUUCCAGAAAAAUGUAUGUACCACAAAUGCGCUAAACGCCUCAACAUUGUUUGUUUAUGCUUAUGUCACUUUCGCACUGAUGUCUUGUAGAAAACUGGAAAAUGAAUUCAGCUAGGGAACCACUAAACUCAACCGACGAUUGCCAUUGUUAGGCAUAUCUACGUCAUCGUGAAAUGCUGAUGGAUUUUGGCCGCAGUACAAGGGUCGAUGGUCAUGCAGACAGGACUGCUAUCAUGCAGAAUUUAAAUAUGUAACAAACCGAACCCGGAUAGCAUUCAAUUGUAGUCGCAUUGUGCUCUCUGAGGAUAUUGUGUAAUUAUGUGGGUUACAUAAUUCCCAGCGCGCGUGUGAAAUGAUGCCGCUUGUGCAUCGCUGUGCUCGCGAUGCUUGUUUCACAUCAAAUCGCUUUACCUCCGAUAUAGUAAUUGAAGCUUUCAUAUGUUUUAGACAUACAGUAGGGGUCCAUAUAAAAGCAUGAGCGAGUUAGGCGAGUGAUGCAGAGGUGUCAUGCUGUCAUUCAUGCGCACGCUUUCUCUUGCAGCCUGAUGACUCUUGCAUUUGACAUGUUGUGAUACAGAGAAAGUGCGGCGUUGUGGACAUUCCCAUUAACAAUUAUGUCAACGUUUAGUUCAUCAAUGUACAACAAUGAAUCAAGUGGCAGCUGGCAAUAAAUAAUUGGCAUUUAUUUAUUUAGUAAGGAAAUGAUCAUUUACAGGAUAGGGGAAUGAUUAAAGAGAAAAUUAUAUUCAUAUUAUACAGUAUAAUAGGUGAUUAUUAUUCAUCUAUUAGAUGGGUUGCCAGGUGACAGGUUUGCUAGAUGGUUUGUGAAAAAACAGUUUAUGACUGGUGUCCUUAAAGGAAUGUUCUGGGUUCAGUACAAGUUAAGUUCAGAAGACAGUAUUUGUGGCAUUAUAUAUAUAUAUAUAUAUAUAUAAAUUUGUACUUUUCUCUGGUUUUAAAAAAAGGAAGAAGGAAAUUGUGUUUACACUAGGGCAUUUACAAUGGAAGUGUAUUGGGCCAGUCCUAGAAUGUUAUAUAACACACAGUUUCAAAUGUAUAUCUGCAAAACAUAAACAUUAUACAUGUUAACAUGAUUUUACUGUUUAUUGGCUAUGACAACAAAGUUGUAAUAUUUAAUUGCAUAACUUUACAAAUGUAAAGUUAGUAAGCAGUUUUACUCAAAUAUCAUGCACUGAGCACUUUAUUUAUUACACUAUGGUCUUAUGCAUGAUUUUAUGCAUUGAACUGCUGCCACUCGAUUGGCUGAUAAUCGCAUGAAUAUGUAGGUGUACAGGUGUUCCUAAUAAAGUGCGCCGUACAUAAAGUGUAUCUUUUCUGUCUUGUGGCUAUAGUUUUGAAACAGUGUAUUUUAGCAUUUAUGGACUGGCCCCAUUCACUUCCAUCGUAAGUGCCAUACUGUAACGGUAGAGUCAACAUUAUAUUUUUUGGUAAUCAACAUUAUGUGAAAUAUGCUGUUGUUUGAACUUUCCUUUAAGGACAGAUAUGUCAUUCUUACAUCUAGUUGAGUAUUUUUACAACUAAUACUUUUUUUAAUAAAACAUUUUAAUAGUUCCUUUAAAGAGCUCUAUAAAAUGCAUGACAAGAAACACAAUACACAGAUACAAGAAUGACCGAAUACAAAAAUAUAUCAAAAUACACAAAAGAAAUGUCAGAAACAAUUAAAAAAAUCUCAGAAACAUUGUCUAAAAGGUGAAUUUUCAGUUGCGUUUUGAAGGUGGGAACAGAUGAAAUUCCACAGAUUUACUAAAUAAUGUCUUCAAAAGUCUGGCUCCUGGGUGCCUAAGGGUAAGUGUAAGGAUGAAAGAGUUUAAGUAGAGAACGUUGUGCAAGAAUGUGAAACACUUUGAAAACAAAGCUGUAUGUUGAUGUUAGAGGUCGACCGCUAGUUGAUUUUGACAAUAUGAUAAUAAGAUGGUGGGAAAGGCCGAUAACGAUUAAUCGGCCAAUAGUUGUUCAAAUCGAUUUAUACAAUGUCAAUAAAAAAAUUAUUUCUUUACUUUGGCAGGCCAAGACAAAUAGUCCAAAAUGAAUAAAAUCCCAGAUGCAGUUAUUUGUUAAACCAAAAUCCAUAUCAUAAUAACCAGAAAAAAAUUCGAUUUAGUGCAUAAAUUGGGACAUGAAACACACUGGGGACUCUUAUUUUGAAAUUAUGAAAAAAACGAUCUGCAAAUAGAGACAUCAAUGUUUGCUGAUAACUGAUAGUUCCAAAAAGCAACUAUCGGCACCAAUUAAUAGGUAAAACCAAUCUAUCAUCUACCUCUAGUUGAUAUGCAGUAUUUUCAGGAGCUCACUGACCAGACUGCACCAUCUUCAGCAGUGCUUUGCAAUCUCGAGUGGAGCAGCUCCCAUACAGGCAGUCAGACAGAGUACAGUCAAUUGUGCAUCUGUAGAUGUUAAUUCAGUCUAUUUCUGAAUGAGGCCCAGACAGAAUCUGCACACAGAACAUCUGUCAUUCAUAAAAGUUCUGCGCAUUCCCCAUCCCUUGCAUGUUUGUUUAUGAAAUAUUUUGGCUAAUUUCAAGAUGCUUAAAGCUACCAAUAAGAGUGUAGUACUCUCAGGUCCAUUUAUUUAAAGUUGCUGUGUUUAAACCUUUCAGCAGAUUUUUCCUAAAAAUCAGCACAGAAAAUGCGGGGGUGAACAAAUGAGUGUGGCAGAGUUGAGGCAUAACAUUAGUACCGUUUUGUUUUACCCAGCUUGACACAUAAGGGGCUCUGUAAAGUUCAGCAUAAUAUAAAGAAGUAACUUUAUUUUGUGAAAGCAACAAAAUUACAAUAUGUUGUUUGUGCUUAGUGGGUUCAGAAAUAGAUGGCUAAACCAUACUUCUCAGAUAAGAUUUCAAAAAUCAAACAGGUCUUUUGGACCUAUAAAGGUAAAUCAUAUUUUUUAGACUCAAUAAAGAUAUUGUGCAGUCAAAUAUUUUUGUUAUAAUGACCACUAAACUGUAUUAUUGACUGUUCUCCCACGAUGUGCUUGUUUCAUAUCUCUCAGAUAACUCGGCAGUCUCUUUUGUCUCACAUGAAUAUAUAUAAAUAUAUUAUCUCAGAUCAAUAUUGACCAUUUUUUGGUAGCCUUGUAACAAGCAGGAUCAUGUACAGUCAUUUGGUCAUUAGCAGGAUAAACCGGUUCAGGAUGAUACAAGAGAGAGCCCACGGCUUUGUGUCGGGGUCCUGAUUACCCUGUUGGGGUUUAAUUUGACUGACACUACUUACCUCAGACCAAAAACAUAUGUAGGCCUGCUAUAAAGAAGGCAUUCAAUUAUUCCUGCUAAUAUAGGGUUAUUGUCUCUUAAUUCAGAUGCUAUGUAUUGAGGAUACUUUUAUAUUUUUUCAGAACAAAACCAAAUAAUUAGGUAGUUUCAGAGGAAAUGUAUAUUUUUGACAUACUGUAGGUCAGACCAUAAUCAAACAAACCGUUACAUCGUGAAAUUGUCUGUCAUGUGGAAACAAUAUAGUAGCAAGUGUUCUGACAUGCCAGUAUUUAAUAUAUCUCACAUUGUGUAAGCUUAAAGUUUUGGCUGAUCUAAGUGCUGUCUGUAUUUUAAAUUACUUGGAGUGUUGUAUAUGAUUGUCAAGCCAUCACUGAAUAUCCUUAGAUUUGAAGUUUGGUGAUCUAAACAAUGCAAAAGUGCACUGCAACACAAUUAUAUCAGAGACUUUUUCUCAGUUAGGUAGGGUUGUAUAUUACUGCCACUGAAACUAUAAGGUUGCAAGGAAGAUGGAAGUGUGAUUGGUCCUAGGUUAGGCUUUAGACGCAUUGUCCUUAGUUAUAAUUUUUGAUUAAAUGAAUCUGUACGUUUUUCAUGAAUUGAAUGUUUGCAGUAGUGUCCUUGAAACGUUUUGAAACUGGUCAAAUGUUGUUGAGCACAGUGCUUCUUAGAAGAUAGGAAGGGAAUUUAUUUUCUGAAAUAGUUUUGCUUUCCCUAACAAUAGUUUGCGUUCCCUCGCAAUACAUUUAUCCAUCCGUUACGAAAAUGAACCAUGCUUUUACUAUAGUAGUCAUAGUUGAACUAUGUGAUCUACUGUAAAUCCAUAGUAACCACACUAUUUACCAAGGUUUACUACAGUAACCCUAUUUUAACCAUGAUAUUCAUUGUAAGAAUGCAGGAAAACUAAAACUAUGGUAAUAAAAAUCAAUUAUUCUGCCCCAAAAAACAAACAAACAAGGUUACUAUAGUUUAACUUGUACCAUUGUUAAUUUUCAUAUGGGGGGUACCUGGUUAGCUCAGUGAGUAUUGACGCUGACUAUCACACCUGGAGUCGCAAGCUCAAAUCCAGGGUGUGCUGAGUGACUCCAGUCAGGUGUCCUAAGCAACCAAAUUGGCCCAGUUGCUAGGGAGGGUAGAGUCACAUGGGGUAACCUCCUUGUGGUCACAAUUAGUGGUUGUCGCUCUCAACAUGGUAAGUUGUGUGUGGAUCGUAGCAUGAGCCUCCACAUGUUGUGAGUCUCUGCGGUGUCAUGCGCAACAAGCCAUGUGAUAAGACGCGUGGAUUGACAGUCUCAGAAGCAUUCCAAAAUUGGGAGAAAAGUGGAUAAAAAAUCAAAUAACAUUUCUUAUAGGAUAGAUAAAGGUAUUGUGAGGGAAUGCAAAAUUAUUUCAGAACACAAGUUCCCUUCCUGUCGUCUAAAUGUCUCUGAAGUUGAGCACUUCAUUUAAUAGGUUGCACGUAAAGAAUUUGAGACUUUUAGAAAACAUAUAUAUAAUAGAUCAGUCAGUUCAAAAUAUCUGUGAAGUGCAACGAUGUUCAUGCCAGGCUUUUAGGUCUUAAGCACAUUGGUGUUUAUUAUUGAAUGACAAAUGAUUGUAAAAUGACUCUUCAUACGGUAUAAAUAGAGCAUCUUGAUCUGCCUUUGGAAAGUUAAAAAUAGACUCCUACAAAUGCUAUCUGCACAAAUGAACAUCAUGCUUCAGUGUUGUUGUUUUUCUUUUUUUACAGGCAGAUGCUAUACUUCAAAUGCCCCUUUUCUGUGCAAUAUGUUUCAUUCACUGGGUUUAUUUCUUUGUUUUAUCAAAUAAGUAAUUUUCAAAGUAGAUUUUUGGGACAGUUGGUUGAUAUUUUAGUGUCUUGAUGUAAUCAUUUAGUUGUUUGAAAGCAAUUUGAUGUUUGUGGAAGAAAAUAGAUGGUCUGUAAGAAGUAUACUGUUUCACAAAUUACAUUGUUUGUUUUAAUCUAUGCAAGACCUAUCCUAACGUAUCAGUGUGUCAUGAUGUUUUUCAUGUGUUUUUCUCUUUUUUUUAAACUUUUGACAAGUACACUGUAUAUCUGUCGUUUGCAUGUACAGCAUUCCUGCACCUUCAUUUAUAUUGUGAAUGUCUGUUGUAGCAUAUUUCUGUUAAACCAUGUAUUAAAGGCCGUUUGAGGUAGAUUUAAUAUGUAAUACCUCAUUGUUCCUUCAGCUUCAACAUCUGUGUUGAUGUUAAAUAAGGGAGACCCACACACCUGAUGUUCACAGCUCUCUCUCUGUUUGCUAAUAAAAUAGCCUACUA